AUGAAUCUUGAGAGUUUCAAAUGGGAAAGAGUUUAUUCUAUUGGAGAUGAGAUGUUGAGGUUUGGUCAUGGGGUUACCAUAGCUCCUUCUCUUGAAGAUUUGGGUUGUGGAACCAAGGGUGAUUCUAUCUAUUUCGUCGACAAUGACGUUUGGCCAGAUCAUCAAGAUCACGAUCAUCGUGUUUCCAACUGCGGUGUCUUUGAUAUUGCCACAUGUAGAGUAGAAUGGCCUAAGAAAUUAUAUGUUUCCAUAAAUAAAACUCAGUGGUUUGUUGGGGGAGUUGCUUAUUAG